AACGACUUCACAAGAGAUUAUGUAAAAAGACAUCGCAAUGAUACAGAAUGACUGUUAGUUCGACGGUUGCUCAUUACUAAUACUUUCUGGACAAAGAAAUGUGCUUUAGCUUGGGUUACAAUGGGUAUCAACUGCCGAUCCUUUGAGCGUUUCAUCGGACGGAGUGGUGUUGGAAAAAAGACAAAUAGUGAGAAUUGAAUGCACUCCUGAGUAUAUGAUAUGGCCUGAAAAACAAGCAGCCAGAGACGACAUUAAGUUGCUGAGUAAGGAAACACAUUUGGAUUCUGUUUCCGAAAAGCCAGAUACAAUUGUGGAUACAAGGAAUAGUAAGCCAGUAAGAAGAGUCACAAGGUCAAAGAAAACGUUCGAAUGUAAUUCCUGUCAGAAGACAUUCCAAAAAAAAAGCAAUCUAGCAGAGCAUCUGAAGCAGCAUAGACACAAGUGCACAGAAUGUGGGAAAACUUUUAGCUUGAAGCGAUACCUCAGUACACACUUUGAAAAAAUACACAGACCUCAGUUGUAUGAAUGCAGUGUGUGCGACUACAAAAGUAACAACAAAGGAACUUUGAAAAACCACUUCAUUCGCCUUCAUACCAGUGCGUUUAAUUUUUCCUGUGACUCUUGUGGCAAGCAGUUUAAAAUAAAGAAAGCUUUGAAUCACCACAUGAAACAAAAUCACAGUGGAAAUCCUCCCAUAGUAUGCGACGUCUGUGGGCAUUUUAGUAAAAAUUUACAUGCCCUCAAAGCACAUAUGAAGUAUCGCCACUACAAACCUGAGUUUGAGUGUAAUAUUUGCAAGCGAGGAAUGACAACGCAGGAGAAUCUCAAGCAGCACUUGUCGUGGCAUGAAAAUAAAGAGAAGAUUGUUUGUCCGACAUGUGGGAAAAGAUUCCGUGGCCGUGAUUUGGAUUCUCAUAUACGAGUACAUACAGGUAUCAAGCCUUUUCCCUGCCUAGUUUGUGGAAAAACCUUCAGACGUCAGACUGCUCAGGAACAACAUGUCCUCAUUCACACGGGGAAACGACCCUACAUAUGUGAUAUCUGCGGCCAGGCAUUUGCGCAAAAACCUGGCUUGAUAUGUCACAGGAAGAGACACCCCGGCCCUUUGCCCCCACUGCCAGCCGUCUCCAUUAAGACCAUCAUUACAGAAUUCGCUAGAGAGUAUGCUGGCAAAAACAGCAGUGCAGAUCUGAGUGGGAACACAUAAACGCACCUAGCUACAAAUACGAGAUGAAAUUGAUCCGGUUCAUCUUUGUAUUAAUUAAGGAGUCAAUUUCUCACACCGCAAGGUUUCAUCCUAACAAGCUUCCUCGCGUUUGAUGCAGCUCCAUGCGUAUAGAAUGGUUUUCAACGCCAUUGUCGAACCAAUGCAUAAAUAGACAUUAAUUCAUAAACAUUCAAUGUGAUUAACAUUUUGAGAAUGAUCAUUUUUUAAGUUUGUUUUUCGCAAGUAAAUCAGCUAUGUGGUUGGCUAGUGAAAUAUCUUUGUUAAAUAUUCCUAGCUUUUGUAUCUUGUAUAUAUGAUGGAAACUACAUGCUUAAGAAAAAAAAAUAUAUGGAAAUAAAUGUUCAUCGAGAAAAGCAAGUUUCUUUAGACUAUGCAAUAUUCACUUUGUUACGCAUUCAUGACGAUUGCAUCACUGUCGAACUGAAAACACAGUCAGUAUAAUCAUUGCAACUGUUCUACUGUAGUAGUAUUAUUAUUAGAUAAGAUUGUACUUAUAUUCAUAGUUUUCCAGGGUAAUUUCAACCUUUCUACUUACGGUAGUACGGCUCUAAACUGUACGUAUGAUAUUGGGUAUGUAAGCAUAUCGUUUAAACGGUAUAUUCAUUUCGCAUAUCAACACCCUAUCUGUCGCAAUGACAUUAAUCAUCAAAUGACUUUGUUUUAGGCAAAAAUCAUCUUACUCCUCAAACAUGCCUUUCCACUUACGAUAUGAACCUACAAAGUAUUGAUUACUUUAACAAAUUUAAAAUUCAACAAUUGGGCAGCA